AUGGGGCACCAGAAGUCCUCGUCCAAGCUCAUGCUAGAGAGGGAGCUGGGUCCAACGGACAGUAUCGCCAUCCGGUUCCUUCACGGCAAGCGACACGUCCGUAGGGACAAUAACCCGGAAGGUCGUUCUGCAAAUGUGACCAUUCAGGAGAAAGACCGAAAGGAUACGGCUGCGGUGGGCGAGCUAGAUAAGGAGAUGGACAUGAUGACAGAUCCGGAGCUUCUGCAUUCUGCCAGAGCAGAUCAAGAAGAACUCAAGCAAGGAAUACGCUCCUACACCGACUUGGUCGUCCAGUGA